UAUUUGGUUUUUUGCUUUAGAAAUACACGUACUUUUAUUCUGCUGUUCAUCUUGCCAAGACAGAGUUUACUGGGACCAAAACAGCCAGGAUGUCAGAUUUUUCUGUGAAUGACCAUCUUGAGGGAAUAUUGUCGGACUUUGAAGCGCUGAAAAGAUCCUUCGAUAUUGAGGAUGUGGACGACAUCCCUACUUUCUCUCCCACAGCCAGCCUCAAUUCACCCUUCAGCCCUGGCCCCAUCUUAAACAAGACCAAUGAAGGGAGAGGACAAGCAACACGCAUGUCCCCCUCCUACCAAUCACGGAUCAGUAUUGGCUCGAGCCCCGCCCAGAGUCCAGUGAUUAAAAACAAAAUGAAUACCAGCUUAUCCUUUACCCGUGGCACCAUGGCAAUGACCAAAGCUAAUGGGAACAUGGGUCCAGGAAUCACCAGGGUCUCAUCAUUCCAGAGCAAAUUCAACCCAAAUGGCUUCAAUUCUUGCUCCAGUCCUGGGAGUGAUAAUGACAGCCUACACAGCUCUUCCUCCAGCCUGGAGUAUCAGGCCUCAUCCAAAUUGAGCUCCUAUGCCAGCCCUCCCCAGAGCCCAAUGGGCAUGAGUGACUAUAAAGCCCUGCGUUUGGGGAGUCCUGCACUGAAGAAGUUCUCCUCCCAUGGUAACAUGUUUCAUUCAGAAGUGAGUCCACCCUUGGUCAUUGCUGCCGAGCCCAUCGGCAUCAACCAUGUGUCCAUGCCGUCGCUGGAUCUCCACAUUGCAGAGAACAGGACCAUCAGGAGCCCAGUCUCUCCGGGUCUUCGAUAUGGAAACUCAGGAGUUUCCUGGGGCUCAUCUCCUCAACAGCCGAAACCCACUGGCCUUGUAAAGGAACCAUCUUUUUCAUCUAGCCACCAGUCCCCUAAACCAAAGGAGUCAGUCCGUCUCAACAAGUUCCCCCUGGACCUGGACAGUCUUGUGGCUCACCUUCAAGAAACUCCUAUGGAACCCCUACCCUUCGUUCCCAAGCCACCUCCAAGGUCCAGCCUCAAACUGAGCAGCCUUUCUGGCUCUGUCAGCCCUUCAGCAUCGACCAACAGUCUGGACAGCGCAGACACGGCGUCCACCCAUGAGCGCAUUGAAAAUGCAGAGUCCAUGUCUCCCCCUGAAUCCAUUCCUGUCCCUAGUGUCAGCGAGUCUCCCGUUCCUCUCUCUCCAGCACAGACCCCACAGCUCAAGCUUGCAUCACAACCACAGGUGGUACAGCUUAGCCCGGUGGCCUCCCCUCUGCCCAGUCCCAUUGGUAUUGUCAGUGACCCUGAGCAGGAAGUGGCAAUGGUAAAGGAGAGCGUGGGGUCCAUACUGCAGAGGAUUGCCUCCAUCUCAAGAGCUGAAAACCCAGCCCCCAGACCCAGGGAAAAUUACUACUGUAACAGAGUGGAGAAAGAGGUGCCACCAGUGCAACACCUGAAGUUCAAGAAGGAAGAGGACGCAUCGCAGGGCCUAGAGCCGCGAGUCCAGAUGGCAGAGAAGGAGGCGGAGCCAGUGGAGCAGCUCCCGUGUGCCAGCGAGCCAAUCGCUGACAGUCUCAUCAUGGGCCGCAGUCCCUUCGGCUAUGUGGGCAUCGAGGCCGUGCUGGACCAGAUGAGACGCAAGGCCAUGAAGACCGGCUUUGAGUUCAACAUCAUGGUUGUUGGUCAGAGCGGACUGGGAAAAUCAACCCUCGUGAACACAUUAUUCAAAUCCAAAGUGAGCCGGAAAUCUUGCACACCAAAUUAUGAGGAGAAAAUUCCUAAGACUGUGAACCUGCAGUCUGUCAGCCAUGUCAUUGAAGAGAAAGGAGUGAAAAUGAAGCUGACCGUGAUUGACACUCCAGGUUUCGGAGACCAGAUAAACAACGAGAAUUGCUGGGAGCCCAUAGUGAAAUAUAUCAAUGAGCAGUAUGAGAAAUACCUGAAGGAGGAGCUCAAUAUCAACAGAAAGAGGCGGAUUCCAGACACGCGUGUCCACUGCUGUGUGUAUUUCCUGCCUCCCACGGGACACUGGUUACGUCCCUUAGAUGUGGAGUUCAUGAAGAGGCUGGGAGGAAUAGUGAGCAUUGUCCCUGUCAUUGCCAAAGCCGACACGCUCACCAUGGAGGAGAGACACCAAUUUAAGCAGAGGAUUCGACAUGAUCUCCAGGCCAAUGGGAUCAGAGUGUACCCACAGAAAGAGUAUGAUGAAGACACAGAGGACAGGAUACUGAAUGAUAAAAUCAGGGAAAAGAUCCCCUUUGCCGUGGUGGGGACAGACAGAGAACACCAAGUGAAUGGAAACAAGGUCCUGGGCAGGAAAACUAAAUGGGGCAUCAUUGAAGUCGAAAAUGUUGCACAUUGUGAGUUUGCCAACCUGAGAGAUCUCCUCAUAAGGUCUCACUUGCAGGAUUUAAAGGACGUCACACACAACAUCCAUUACGAGACCUACAGAGUUCGGAGGCUCAACGAAAGCAAUGUGAACGGAUUAGGACUUUCACCUUUGACCCCAGUGAACGGAACCAUGGAAAAGAGUGACACGGAGAGCCACCUCUGAGAGAGGAAGAGAACUGAGGAUGAACCCUGAUUCUGAGUACUGCUUUUCCGCCUCGCCCCUCCCUCCCGCCCCCGCCCUCUUCACCACUUCCCCACGAAGGCUACUGUGCCGCGCCCAUUAAAAAUCGGAACAGGAACACUUGAAACAAAUGUUGCAUUGGAUCCCACAGCAUAGAGUGUUGAGUGUAGAAAAUAUGAACGUGUAUCCUUUCUCUCAGAAUCUAUGUAUAGAUAUGGAAAGGCAUGUAUGUGUGGAUCGUGAAAUCAAUUAUGGCUUGGAGAAAGCAUAAUCAGUGGAAAAGGAUGCUUCCGUUGACGCAUAGCUUUAUGCCCGUAUAGACGGCAUAUCAUGCAUACAGUAGCUUUUUAUAGCUUGUGGCUAUGAGUCCGUAUAGCCUUCCUGUAUGCCAACUAGACUGAGACCUAUUGAAUUGUAACCAGUAAAAAGACUGAUACAGGGGAAAGGGGUUUAACUAUGGCUUCUAAUCUAUUUACAUGUGUUUAGAUCCAAUGAUUAAAUCGCUAGACUUCCUCUAGUUGUCUCUUUGACUUUGAGAGGUUUCUAAACACCGAAGAGAUUUAUUUGAAAAUGUAAUUCUGUUGCUUUUUGUUUUUUUUACAGUAUAUGAUUGCUAUAGACAUCACAGCAUGUCCCUGAAAGAUGCCAUUAAUGCUUCAAUACCACAGAUAAUGAAUAUUAAUAAUACAUUUUGAUACAAAGAUGCAAAAUGAACAACACAUUGUUUGUUGUCCCCGUUUAUAUAGCAGCGAUGACAGUAUGUCUGGUUUGUUGUCAUAGGCCACUCAGGGUUCACAGACACACACACACACACACACACACACACACACACACACAGAUUAAUGUACAUGGGCCUUGGCUAUAAAGGGAGCGACAGAUUUAUAGAUUUGUAAUGAUUUACCGGACUCUGGUCAUUGUCAGGCCUGUUUUACAUUACUGUACAUCAAUUCUCUGAAAUGUGCCAUCAGCAAAUUCAAUCAAAAUGUUCCAACAAGUUUAAACGAAAGUAUCUGACCUCUGAAUGAACUUUGGCUAAAAGUCCUGUGUUGUAAUUGCUGGUAUUCCUAGUGAUCACAAGGCAUGUCUUUGUAAACGGUUCAGUCCUGAUCUGGUUUUACAUGAUUUACCCCUAGCUCUUCAGGACAAGAAUAUGUCUUUGUACAAUGAUACUGCAAAGAGAUAAUGUGUUCUGGAAUUUCUUGACUUAAAAAUAUGACCACAUUUUACUUAUUCGCUAUUGUACAGUGUGUUUUUUUUUCUCUCCUAUUUUUGCAAUGUUCUUAUUUUGUUUCCUGCCUGUGUUUUGUAUUGUACUAACAGCUCAAAUGUGAUUUUUAUUUCUCAAUGUUUAAUAACAAAAUGCAUAUAAAACACAAUUUGUGAUUAAAUAUCAAUGUCACUGUAAA